AUGAAUUAUUUUAAGUCAAUUUUCCAAAAAAAAAAAAAUAGAAACGUGAUUGAUUAAACAUCGUCUGAAACUUCUACUAUUUAUGAUUAAAACUCCUUAACGGUUCAUCUAGAUGAUAUUAAGGCGAUUAUUAAAUGUUAGUAAAGGAGGAGGGAACUCUAUUUUAGGCCGACGAAAUCCCUAUUAGAAUAAUUAAAGGUGCUCUACUCAUUACAUAUGAUGAUAAUAUCGGAAUAAAUUAAUGAUGAGAAUGAAUUAAUCGAAUGUUUUUCAUAAGGAAAGUAAUUUAAUGUUUAAAGAUGUGCAUAGAGUUCUUUUGUCAACAACACAGUCGGAGGAUAAACGAAUCAUAAUUCAAAUGAAGUUUAAAUGAAUUAUUCUGAAGUAAAAACUAUUGAUAUCAUUCAAAAGUAUCCCAUUAAAUUUUAUAAUGUUGAAAUCGAGUUUGCUCAAUAAUAUUAUUCAUACUUGCAAAGGGUGGCCAAUAACAUGGAUAUUUAUUAUGCAUCUCAGAAAAUGCAAUAUCCAUACUUAGAAGAGAAUUAAAGCAGGAAAAUAAGGUUUUUGUGGCUAUUUAAAUUAACAAAUAUGAUCAAUUUCAAAAUAUCAAUGAUUCCCAUGAUUUAAAAGAUAAUAUUUUAAGAGUCCGAUUUCACUUAAAUAACAAAAGAAAUCACUAUUUUAAUAUAUAAAGAUUGCAUAAAUGAAUAUUUAUUCAUAAAAAAAGAGAUAGAAGAAUAAUUGGAACAGUAUUAGCAGCAGAAUGUCAAGGAUACAAUAAGCUUAUAUGAAUUAUAUAUUCAAGCUAAAUAAAUCACUAAUUCUCUUAAAUUAUUUUAUAAUAUAAGAAAUCACUUUUUGAAGUAUGAAAGGAUUGAAAAAUUCAAUUGGCUUCAUUUGGAGAAGCAACAAGAGAAAGAUGUGGAAUUAUAUGUUGAAAGAAUUAAACUAAUAAAUUCAUCGUAGUUUAAACACACCUUAAAAGUACCCUCUUAAAAAGACAUUUACGAUAAUUUAUAAUAAAAAAUGACUUAAUCAAAAAUAAAAUCAAAAUCAAAAAAAGGACGACGUAUUCUUGAACAUCUAUCUCCGAAAACAGAUAAUAAGAAAUAACAAUCAAAGCAAAAUAGUCAUAGAAUCAUUAUACAAUCCUGA